GGCCCCUGUACCGCCACCCCCAUGCUGCUGCCGAGGCCUGUAAUCUGCCAUGGGCCCCCGUACCGACUCCCUCCCAUAGCUGCUGCCAGGCCCGUAAUCUGUCAUUGGCCCCUGUACCGCCUCCUCAUGCUGCUGCCAGGUCCAGAGUGUGUCAUGGGUCCCUGUAACGGACCUCCCAUUGCUGCUGUCUCUAUCGCCACACUCUGCCAUGUGCCACUUUCCAUGGUCUCUCUCCACACUGGCUGGUGGUUUCCAUUUUUGUCAUAGGGUGCUGUAUGGCCCUUCCCAUUGCUGCUGCCUCCACCGCCACACUGUGGCUCCCACACUCUGUUUUGGCCCCGUGACUGCCCAAAUGAGUGAAGUGUGCGGUGAUUCUAAGAUCAGACGGCACUCAUCUGCAUGUCAUACUGACUGACAGUAUUAUUUCUCUUCCCCAGCAGACUCCAAGGGCAUUUAAAUUAAAGGUACAAAGUGUUCAGCACACUAAUAUUA